UCCACGCUUUACAACUCAACCCGCACCACCGCGCAGAAUCCCAGGGGGCGGCGGCGCGCGCCGGGGGCAAUGGCGGCGGCGUUCGGCGGCGGCGGCGACUACCUGCGCCAGUUCGCCGAGGAGACGGCCUGGUACAACGAGAUCUUCCUCAGCCAUGUGGUGCCCGGCAGCUGGUGGCGCGGCCUCCCGCACCCGCUCCAGUCGUGGCUGCGCAACUGCCUCGGCGGCUACCUCCUCUACUUCGCCUGCGGUUUCCUCUGGUGCUUCGUCAUCUACUACUGGAAGCGCCAUGCCUACAUCCCCAAAGAUUCUGUCCCAACAAUCGAAGCUAUGAAGAAGCAAAUAAUUGUUGCAUCAAAAGCUAUGCCUCUCUAUUGUGCCCUUCCAACCGUAUCUGAGCACAUGGUUGAGACUGGAUGGACAAGGUGUUUCGUUAAUAUCAGUGAAGUUGGUUGGCCGAUGUACCUGAUUUAUGUGGCUUCAUAUCUUAUCUUUAUCGAGUUUGGAAUUUAUUGGAUGCACAGAGAGUUGCAUGACAUAAAGCCAUUGUACAAGUACCUGCAUACAUACCACCAUAUUUACAACAAGGAGAAUACCCUAUCACCAUUUGCAGGACUAGCAUUCCAUCCAGUGGAUGGGAUUUUGCAAGCCAUACCACAUGUGUUUGCGCUCUUCCUUAUCCCAACACACUUCAGGACACACAUUGCUCUCUUAUUCAUAGAGGCCGUGUGGACAACCAACAUUCAUGAUUGCAUUCACGGCAAGGUUUGGCCGGUCAUGGGCGCUGGCUAUCACACUAUUCACCAUACAACUUACCGGCACAACUAUGGCCACUACACCGUGUGGAUGGAUUGGAUGUUUGGCACCAUUCGAGAGCCAGAAGAUAUCUUAAAGAAGGAUUAGGAUCGAAUUGUUCAGUACGAUGCUUGUCUUUCGUCUUUGUAGCACUCUGAAGAAGGGUUCUAAUGUAUCUAUCCUGCUCGGUGCUAUCUGUUAUGUUUCAUGUACCAUUGUGCUGUUUCAGUAUGCUAGGUGAACAUAAAGUGAACUUUAGUGAGUUCAUCCCUGGAAUGCGAUGGUAGGAUCCAGGUGUCUGUAUCAUUCCUGCAUUUCUCUGUACUGUCUUGUGUGUCAAUGAACGUGAUGAACAGUUGUGGCCAGCUUUUGUACAGCAAUACCGUUUCUAAAUGCCGCCA